CGGCCCGGAAGGCUCCGGCCGAGGGACCAACGGCGGCUGCGUCACGGCGCGGCGCGGCACACCACACCGCAACGCACCACACAACACCACACCACACCACAACACCACACCCCCGGCCAACAUGGACGCCGUCGACGAAGCAGAUAUAUGCAGAGUGUGUCGGUCAGAAGGAACACCUGAGAAACCACUUUACCAUCCAUGUGUAUGCACUGGCAGUAUUAAAUUUAUCCAUCAAGAAUGUUUAGUUCAGUGGCUGAAACAUAGCAGAAAAGAAUACUGUGAACUCUGCAAACACAGAUUUGCUUUCACACCAAUUUAUUCCCCAGAUAUGCCUUCCAGGCUUCCAAUCCAAGACAUUUUUGCUGGACUGGUAACAAGUAUUGGUACAGCAAUACGAUACUGGUUUCAUUAUACACUUGUGGCCUUUGCGUGGUUGGGAGUUGUACCUCUUACAGCAUGCCGCAUCUACAAGUGCUUAUUUACUGGCUCCGUGAGCUCACUACUGACACUGCCUUUGGACAUGCUUUCCACGGAAAACUUACUGGCAGAUUGUUUGCAGGGUUGUUUUGUGGUGACAUGCACUCUUUGCGCCUUCAUCAGUCUGGUAUGGUUGCGAGAACAAAUAGUCCACGGUGGAGCGCCGCUGUGGUUGGAACAGAAUCAAGCUCAGCCUCUCAAUGGUGUUGGGCCACAGAAUGAGGCUCAAGGUGUAGGCAAUGGUGUUGUUGAAAACAUUGCACUUGAUGAACCUGCUAAUCCUCCAGCUGAGAACGCGGUAGUAGGAGAAAACCCAGAAAUCCAAGAAGAGCAGGCUGACGAAGAAGAGGAUGACAAUGAAGAUGAAGAAGAUGCCGUUGUUGAAGAUGCAGCAGACGCUAAUAAUGGGGCACAAGAUGACAUGAACUGGAACGCUUUAGAAUGGGAUCGAGCCGCGGAAGAGCUCACGUGGGAGAGAAUGCUUGGACUGGAUGGAUCUCUAGUUUUUCUAGAGCACGUCUUCUGGGUAGUGUCUUUAAACACCCUGUUUAUUCUUGUCUUUGCAUUUUGUCCUUACCACAUUGGUCAUUUCUCUGUUGUUGGCUUGGGCUUUGAGGAAUAUGUCCAAGCAUCUCAUUUUGAAGGCCUAAUCACAACAAUAGUUGGCUAUGUACUUCUAGCAAUAACGUUAAUUAUUUGUCAUGGCUUGGCGGCUCUUGUAAAAUUUCAGCGGUCUCGUCGCUUACUGGGGGUCUGCUAUAUUGUUGUUAAGGUCUCUCUUCUAGUGGUAGUGGAAAUUGGAGUGUUUCCCCUCAUCUGUGGCUGGUGGCUAGAUGUAUGUUCUUUGGAAAUGUUUGAUGCUACUCUGAAAGAUCGUGAGUUAAGCUUUCAGUCUGCUCCAGGGACCACAAUGUUUCUACAUUGGUUGGUGGGAAUGGUGUAUGUGUUCUACUUUGCCUCCUUCAUUCUCUUACUAAGAGAGGUGCUGAGACCUGGAGUUUUGUGGUUUCUAAGGAAUUUAAAUGAUCCUGAUUUUAAUCCGGUCCAGGAAAUGAUUCACUUGCCCAUUUAUAGACAUCUGAGAAGAUUUAUUUUAUCUGUGAUUGUCUUCGGCUCGAUUGUCCUCCUUAUGCUCUGGCUUCCUAUACGAAUUAUUAAGAAUUUGCUGCCUAAUUUUCUUCCGUACAAUGUAAUGCUUUACAGUGAUGCUCCAGUGAGUGAACUGUCUCUCGAGCUGCUUCUGCUUCAGGUAGUGCUGCCAGCUUUACUUGAGCAGGGCCACACAAGACAGUGGCUGAAGGGUCUUGUCCGAGCCUGGACCGUUACUGCUGGAUACGUGCUGGAUCUUCAUUCUUAUUUGCUUGGGGACCAGGAAGAGAAUGACAACACUGCAAACCAACAUCCUAACAAUAACCACCAUGCUCGUAAUAAUGCCAUUCCUGUGGUUGGGGAAGGUCUUCACGCAGCUCACCAAGCCAUACUACAGCAAGGAGGACCUGUGGGUUUUCAACCUUACCGUAGGCCUUUAAAAUUCCCACUCAGGAUAUUUCUGUUGAUUGUCUUCAUGUGUAUAACCUUACUGAUUGCCAGUCUCAUAUGCCUUACUCUUCCAGCCUUUUUGUUUUCAGUAUUUGCUGGCCGUUGGUUAAUGUCGUUUUGGACGGGGACAGCCAAAAUCCAUGAACUGUACACAGCUGCUUGUGGUCUUUAUGUCUGCUGGCUAACCAUAAGGGCAGUGACAGUACUAGUUGCUUGGAUGCCCCAGGGACGCAGAGUGAUCUUUCAGAAGGUUAAGGAGUGGUCCCUUAUGAUAAUGAAGACUUUGAUAGUUGCUAUACUGUUGGCUGGGGUAGUUCCACUUCUGCUUGGACUUCUGUUUGAAUUAGUAAUCGUUGCUCCUCUGAGAGUUCCUCUGGAUCAGACUCCUUUAUUUUACCCGUGGCAGGACUGGGCUCUUGGAGUCCUGCAUGCCAAAAUUAUUGCAGCCAUAACAUUGAUGGGUCCUCAGUGGUGGUUGAAAACAGUAAUUGAACAAGUUUAUGCAAAUGGUAUUCGUAAUAUCGACCUCCAUUAUAUCAUUCGUAAACUGGCCGCACCAGUCAUCUCUGUACUCUUGCUUUCUCUUUGUGUACCUUACGUUAUAUCAUCUGGAAUUGUACCUUUACUAGGGGUUACAGCUGAAAUGCAGAACUUAGUGCAGCGCCGAAUCUAUCCUUUUCUCCUGAUGGUGGUAGUUUUGAUGGGAAUCCUGUCUUUCCAGGUCCGCCAGUUCAAGCGCCUUUACGAACAUAUUAAAAAUGACAAAUACCUUGUGGGGCAACGGCUUGUGAAUUAUGAACGGAAAUCUGGUAAACAGAGCUCAUCAACUCCACCUCCACAGUCUUCACCGGAAUAAGAUGGUCUGCUUGACCUUUGCCUUUACAUGUCCUGUUUCGUGGACUUCUUCUUUCCAUCUUUGGAUACUUUUCCCAGUGAGCCUCUCAGCAAUGUUUUUAUUUUUAAUCUCUGGGCUUAUGUUCUUAGCAUUCAGAUAGCAGUUAAGGUCCGGCUCUAUCUGCAUUUUCUGAUGUUGCCAUUGCUGCCUGAGGUUUGUAUAUGUGUAAAUAGAAGUACCCUGAUACCCGAAAACCUUGGAUUAAAAAGAAUGUGGACUGUACAUCUUCAAACAAUGUAUAUUAAUUUAUUAAAUCUAGUUGUCACUUUA